GAAAGAAAGGACUAAAAUGGAUUCAUAGACGUAAAUUGUAAGCAAGCCCAGUGGAAGUGUGAGUGUGCUGUGUGCUGUGUGCAGUGUACCUACCUCAAUCAGUGAAUUCCAAAACCCUUUAGGUUUAGGCACAAAAAGCAUCACCAAUAUUUGUUCUUUUUGAAAUUGAGUUAUACAAUCUAACAGUUUUCAAUGUUGAAUUCUGAAUCACCAUCUCAGAUGAGUGUAGACACAGUUCUCAAAAUCGGAACAGGAUCGACCAAGAAGCACAGGAUCAGUGUUCCCAUUCCCUCUUCCAUGGAGGUGGUGGAUCUCGAAGCCUUUUGCUUCUCCCACCAGGGCACCAAAAUCUCCACCGCCAUCUCCGUCGACCGCGCCUCCUCUCUUGCCGCUCCGGUUAUCAUCGAUCUUUCCGACACUGAAGAUGACGAUGACGUUAGGAUCCUCAAUUUCAAGCCACAAAACACCCCUUUUGGAAAAAGAAGAAGAAACGCCAUCGACAUUAACUCCUGUGCUGCUGAAAAGGGAGAGUGUUCAAAAAGCGCACCAUUUGUUUGUGAAAUUUGCACAGAGACCAAAACCGUGAAGGACUCUUUCUCUAUCAGUGGUUGCACCCACGCUUACUGCACGGAGUGCGUGGUGAUGUAUGUGGAUUCCAAGCUUCAAGAAAACGUGAUCAAUAUUCGGUGCCCUGUGUCUGGAUGCAGAGGAUUAUUGGAGGCUGAGGAUUGCCGUGAGAUUCUUUCUCCUCAAGUGUUUGAUAGGUGGGGCAAGGCACUGUGUGAGGCUUUAAUCACUGCGGAUGAGAAGUUUUAUUGUCCCUAUGGGGAUUGCUCUGCACUGUUGAUUCAUGAUGGCCAAGAUGCAAUAAAGGAAUCUGAGUGUCCCAAUUGUCAUAGGAUGUUGUGUGCAAUGUGCAAGGCCCCUUGGCAUCAGGGUAUCGAGUGUGAGGAGUUUCAGAAGCUGAACAAGGACGAGAGGGAGAAGGAAGACAUCAUGUUGCUGCAGCUUGCAAAGGAAAUGAAGUGGAGGAGGUGCCCCAUUUGCAGGUUUUACGUUGCCAAAUCUGAUGGCUGCAUGUAUAUGAAAUGCAGGUGUGGAAAUGCCUUCUGUUACAACUGUGGAGCUCGUUCCUUAGAUCACACCCAUUAUUGUCGCAGCUGUAGACGCUAAUGAGUUUGGAUAUAUUAUCUUUUUUAAAUUGCUAAAAUGGCAAUAAAGAGGUUUAAACCUAUCACCUAAUGUAAAUUAUUUAAACUCUUUUUUACUAGCUCACAUCUAAUGACAUUAUGCUAUGCACUAUUUUGUAGAGGUUUUACCUGUUUCGAUCUUUUCUGUAAUUAUUCUAACAC